AUGCAAGAAAUACAAACAUCUUCCACCUCUCUUAUUGGGAUAAGGGACACUUUGCUUCCCUUUAAUCUCCUUAGUUCUCCUGUCGACCAAAUGACUCUUCUGGAAAAGAGCUUGGCAAGGAAGGAAAAGUCCCUAGCUUCUUCCCGGGGUACCUUGAAGUCUACUAAGGCGUCUCUUUUAAUAGCACAAGGAGAGCUACAGUCUUUGCAGAUUGAGAAUGAUUCUUUGACUCAGUGGUUGGCCGAUUGUAUGAUCUCCAACCUUGGGGGAGGUGAAAACCUGGUCCGAGGUCAACGUGUGACCAACCCACCACAUCCGUUGGACUAG